GGUGUGAUGCGCAUGCGCAGUGCAGACUACAGGACGCAGCUCGGGUGGGAAGUGACAGCAGGGUAAUCAGACGAAAUUAAAACGUUUUCUGUUUUAAUUAACCCAGUAUCAUUAGACGAAAUCUGACCACUCGAAUACUUUCUCUACCUCAGGAAUAUUUACAUCGAAUGUGAUUUUGAUGGUGUAAAACCUCAUCAUAUUUAGGAUCCAUGUCUUUUUUGCGUUGGGUGUCGGAGAAACUGAGUGUGGAGAGUCUGAGGGAUUUGGACUUAUUCGGUGAGCAAGCUCAGGCAAGCCCACUCAGGAAAGCCCAUGAGGACAGCCGUGAGUCUCUGAGCUCCCUCCCACACCGGGACACAAUGGGAACUUUCUUACCUGACAGCAGUGUCUACGAGCUCCUCACCGUCAUCGGGCACGGUCUGGAAGACCUGAUGACCGUGAACUUGGCCCGAUACAAACCCACCGGAGAACGUGUCACCAUCCGAAGAAUUGAUAUGGAGUCCUGCACCAAUGACAUGGUCAAAUACCUGCAGGAAGAAAUCCAUGUCUCAAAGUUGUUCCACCAUCCAAGCAUCCUCCCAUACAAGAGCAUCUUCAUCUCGGAGAACGAGUUAUGGGUGAUCACACCAUUCAUGGCCUACGGCUCAGCACGAGAUUUGAUCAGCACUCACUUCACACACGGUUUAAAUGAGCUGACCAUCGCGUACAUUCUGCUUGGAGUUCUGCGGGCGCUGGAGUACAUUCAUCACAACGGCUAUGUGCACCGGAGUGUGAAGGCGAGCCAUAUCCUGAUCUCAGCGGAUGGACAGGUGUACCUGUCGGGUCUGAGGAGCAUCUUCAGUCUGAUCCGACACGGGCAGAGAGCACGCGUGGUGCACGACUUCCCCCAGUACAGUGUUAAAGUGCUGCCCUGGCUCAGCCCUGAGGUGCUACAGCAGGAUCUUCAAGGAUACGAUUUCCGCUCCGACAUCUACAGUUUGGGAAUUACGGCUUGUGAGCUGGCCAAUGGCCAUGUGCCCUUUAAAGACAUGCCUGCUACACAGAUGCUGUUGGAGAAGCUAAACGGUACAAUCCCGUGUCUGUUGGACAGCUCCACCAUCCCGGCGGAGGAGCUCGGUAUGAAGUCUUCUCGCUCGGGGGCGGACUCUGGGAUCUGCGAGGGCCCCGGGGCCGGCGGGGCGCGCCCCACCAACGGAGAGCCGAACCCCUACAGCAGGACGUUCAGCCACCACUUCCACAACUUCGUCGAGGUCUGCCUACAGAGGGACCCUGAGAAGAGACCCUACGCCAGCGCUCUGAUUGGUCACUCUUUCUUCAAGCAGAUAAAGCGGCGUCCGUGCGAUGCUCUGCCCGAACUGCUGCGUCCCGUCUCGCCUCUCGGCAGCUUCGAGUGCGUGCGGCCUCAGGAUCCGCCCUCGGCGCUCGCCAGCCUGGAGUCCGGCAUCAGCCAUCUGGACGUAGACGACUGGGACUUUUGACGAGAAUCGAACGGAUGAGAUGAAGCUUGCGGAUAUUUGGAGAUGUAGUUAAAAAGAUGACUUGUGCCUGACACGUUUGGGUUGCAAUGGAGGGAUUAGUGGUGCGGACAUCUGAUGUAGGGCUGGCCGAUAAAACAGUAUGAUAUCGGUAUCACGAUUAAUUAAGAACAGUAUUAUAACCGCAUUUUUACUCAGUAACUGGACAUUAAGAUCUAAAUUUUGUGUUUCAUUUUUACUACAUCCAUCAUAAUUAGCGUCACGUUUUUGUUUUUUUCAUGUAUAUUCGCGUCACGCCCGAUUUUUCUAGCCUUUUCGCCAAACACCUGAGCAAAACCAAAUAUUGAGACGUCAUAUCAAGUCUUCAGGUAUCGUGAUAUGAUAUUUUUUGUCUCAUAGCGCCCACCCCUACUAGGAUGUGACGGUUCGUUAAUGAGGGUUUAAGAGUUCCGGAUCUCCUGUUUUUUUUUUUGUUGUUUUUUUUUUCUUCCCCGAAGUGAAACGUAUAUAUUUGUGUAUAUAACAGAAACGGGUUGAAGGAGGACUGUUUUACUUUUUUAUCUCUCACAGAGAGGUGCAAAGCCAGCAGCCGCCGCAGCCUUGUCCGAACGAAGACGCACGAGUCUGAAAACACACACACACGCACACACACUUACACAAAGGCAGGUGCUUAGUUUUGUGCACUCUUACGUUACUGAGCAUUGUUACAUGUUUUUGUAGCAUAAUAAUCCGAGCAUAAAUGAGACGCUGUGAAUGUGUAAUAGCUUAGUGCUGCUUGCUUGAGGGCUGAGACUGGUUUACGUGGAUGAAAUGAAGCUGCGUGGCCUAGCGUGCCAUCACGUUUAUCUCAGAAUGUGAAUUUUACAGUGAUAUUUUUGAGAGUUAUUGGAGAUUCCUAAGUUUGUACUCAAACUACCAGCAGAACAUUUAGAACAUACGUGGCGGGGGGGGGUGAUGCAGAAACGUCAGCAGUUCUAAACCGAUCCUAAAAGGUCAACGCAGGGGUUCGUGACACGUCGCUCCUCACGCGCAUGAGUCGUUUUCAGUUUCCCACGACCGUCAGCUACGGCGUCACGAAUCUUAUUCAUGUUUCAGUUCAGUCAGCGCAAAGCUGUGACGUUGGAAACUUUCAGCUGUGUGUAUGUGGAGUUCUUCCAGAUGUUAUAUAAUGAGAUGAAAACAAUAAAGACUAAAAAAAACAAAAAAAAACAAACCUGA